AUGCCCAGCUCCACUGCGAUGGCAGUUGGCGCUCUCUCCAGCUCCCUCCUGGUCACCUGCUGCCUGAUGGUGGUUCUCUGUAGCCCGAGCAUCCCUCUGGAGAAGCUGGCCCGGGCACCCGAGCAGCCGGGCCAGGAAAAGCGCGAGCACGCGUCUCGGGACGGCCCGGGGCGGGUGAGCGAGCUCGGGCGCGCCGCGAGGGAAGAAGGCGGCGGCAGCCGGGACUGGAAAGGCAAGAGCGGCCGAGGGCUCUCAGGCCGGGAGGCGUGGAGCAGGCAGAAGCAGGCCUGGGCCGCCCAGGGCGGGAGCGCCAAGGCCGGGGAUCUGCAGGCUCGGUCUCGCGGGGACACCCCACAGGGGGAUCCCGUGGCCGCCGCCGCCGCCGCUGCCGCCCAGGACGCCACCAGCCCGGAUCUCCCGCCCACGCCGGAGCCGCCCGAGGAGUACGCCUACCCAGACUACCGCGGCAAGGGCUGUGUGGACGAGAGCGGCUUCGUGUACGCCAUCGGGGAGAAGUUCGCGCCCGGCCCGUCUGCCUGCCCCUGCCUGUGCACGGAGGAGGGCCCGCUGUGCGCGCAGCCUGAGUGCCCGCGCCUGCACCCGCGCUGCAUUCACGUGGACACGAGCCAGUGCUGCCCGCAGUGCAAGGAGAGGAAGAGCUACUGCGAGUUCCGAGGAAAGAUCUACCAGACUUUGGAAGAGUUCGUGGUGUCCCCGUGCGAGCGGUGCCGCUGCGAGGCCAACGGCGAAGUGCUGUGCACAGUGUCGGCGUGCCCACAGACAGAGUGCGUGGACCCCGUGUAUGAGCCGGACCAGUGUUGCCCCAUCUGCAAGAACGGACCCAACUGCUUUGCAGAAACUGCAGUCAUCCCAGCUGGCAGAGAAGUGAAGACCGACGAAUGUACCAUAUGCCACUGCACUUACGAGGAAGGCACGUGGAGGAUCGAACGGCAAGCCAUGUGCACGAGACACGAGUGCAGGCACAUGUAG